AUGGAUAGGUUUACAAGUCCACCCGCUCCGGAUAGAUGCGUAAGCUCCUCAAGGGAGAAUUCUAUUCUUUUACGGUUCAGAAGACGUACGUCUUCUUUGAUCGUCAAAUACCUCAAGGCUGAUGGGAGUGCCAUCCAAGAUAAACUGAAGAUUGGUAGCAAGUAUAUGAACAUUUUAUCUGUGAAUUUACAUCACGACCACCGCGUGGACAUUGAGCCAUCAACUUCAGCUUCCAUCAACUCCAUACAACCUAGUUCUACCAGAAUAUUUUACCGACAGGAUUGUGUCAAAGAGUUCUCUGAAGCUUUCAAUAAUCAGUCAUACGCAUUUCAUUCUGUAUCCAUCUCAUCCUUACGCCAAUGCGAUAUGCCGCAUAAUGAGGGUACCUCCAAUAUUUCAACAGAAAAAAUUGCAUCACGGUUUGUGCAAGCGCUGGCUAUAGCACAUCUAAAUAAUACCCCAACGCCUGAUUUCUCCACAGCAUUUGCCACUUUUCGUGCUGCAGCCAAGGUACGUAAAAUCAGCUUCAAGGAUAUCAGCAAGGAUUGGGGUACUCUUGCGACCUUUGUCACAACGCUCGAAAAGAAGUUGAUUUAG